UCCCUUCUAUCAAAUUGCCACAAAUCUUGAGACUUAAGGUAAUUGACCAGCGUCUUGCACGCAGGCGAAAGCUCUGCAUCUCGGCGCUUCCAUGGCUGAUCCCUACUACGCUUAUACUGCUCCCACCACCGACCGAGCUACUGCUACCAGGGCAAGUUUUCCUGGCUAUUUGUCAUCUGAGACACCAUCAUUAGCAUCUCGUCAUGCAUUCAGCUAUGGAGAUCAACGCACUUUUUCUUCAGAUGCUUUGCAGAAAGAUGUAAAUCCAGUAGGACCUGGGACAUAUGGUGUAGAUGAUAUUCUAGGAAGGGGAAUACGUCCUGAACCUGGAACCAGACGAUUAGCAGCUGGUGCAAGACUAAGGGGCUAUUCAUCUCCUUUAGAAGAUCCAGUACUUCAUCAAAGACAAGACUUUUCAGCAGGCAUUAGUCCUAUAAUUUCAGCAACUGAAAGGUCAAGUUCCUUGAGGAAUUUUGAUAGCUUGGCAGAACCCGCAAGAGAAUCAAAUAUCUUGUUUGUCCAGGGUCUUCCAACUGAUUGUACCAGAAGAGAAGUAGGCCAUCUGUUUCGACCAUUUUAUGGCUUCAAGGAGAUCAGAGUUAUCCAUAAGGAGGCCAGACGGAGUGGAGAUAGGGCUUUGGUAUUGUGCUUUGUUGAGUUUGUGGAUUUCAAAUGUGCUUUGACAGCUAUGGAAGCUCUUCAAGGUUACCAGUUUGAUGACAGGAAACCAGACUCCCCAGUCUUGAGGAUUCAAUCUGCACACUUUCCUCUCCGUUUACCCUCUGAUAAAUGAUGUAAAACAGCUAGAAAGCCAGGUCUGAUCUGAGCAAAUGGAUGUGAUAGUGAUCAAUCUGUACUGGAUAACGUGUAGACUAGUGUGCAUAUCUCUGAUUUUGCUAGCUUCAACAUCACCAGGCUGUUGGAGCUAAGGAUGGGAGCAAGAAUGGGCGUUCCUUUGAAUAUGGCUUGACCUAUAGUUGAUUGAACUGUUCAUGAGCAUUACAUAAAAGAAUUUUCUGUUUGAUGUUCUUGUAAAGGAAACAGAAAUUUUACCGUGGUCUUAAUGAUUAUUCAGGAUGACUGCAAGGUCUUGUCGAGCU